AUGGGCCACACACUCUACAAUAUAGUAUUGGGUUUUGCAAUGUAUGGCCCAACUUACUUUUGUUGCAUAUUCCUAUUAGUUUAUUGGGCAACGGCCGUUGGUCAUCACAAGUCACAAGCCAUUCGCCAAUUAUUAUUGAUAUUUUAUCCGUCGUUGAAACUUGAAGGGCUUCAAGUGUCAUCAAGCGGCGAUUCCUUCAAGCUUCAAAUCGGUGGACUGUCUUCGAUUCUGCAGCCUCACUGUUCUUCUAAUCACGGUGUAAGAAGGUCCAAACAAGUGUCAUGCAGUCAAUUCGCAUGCGCCCUAUUGGGCCUUUACAAAUCCGUUCUUUUCAACCCGAUUUUGUCCCUGCAGACCCAAAAUCCAAACCCAAAAGCCCUACCCCCUGAAGAGCGUAUGCAAAUAGGUCCUACACUUAGAGAGAGACUAAGGCAUCCUAAAAUGCAGUCGAUUUCAGUUGAAGGGGUGGAUUUGGGUGCCCGAGGUGUGGCAGGAGGUGGGGGAGGGAAGGUUGAAGAGAAAGUUGAGAAAACAGCAUUUGAUAUAAAGUUGGAGAAAUUUGAUGCAGCUUCUAAAAUUAAGGUGAUUAAAGAGGUUCGUGCUUUUACAAAUCUUGGAUUGAAGGAAGCUAAAGAUAUGGUUGAAAAAGUUCCUGUUGUGAUUAAACAAGGUGUUACUAAAGAAGAGGCGAAUGAGAUCAUAGAGAAGAUUAAAGCUGUUGGAGGUGUUGCUGUUAUGGAGUGA